UUAAAUUUAAGAACAAAGAUUUUUAAUAACUGUAACCGAAGGAGUUUUUAUAAACGAUAUGGACAGUAAUGAACGUAAGCCAUUGAAAAAGAAAUCUCAGAGAGGGAAAGCAAAACAUACAGAGGAUAAAAAUCCAAGCUUGAUAAAAGAAGGUAUGGUCUCUAAUAUACAUGAGCCAUUGCCAAAGAAAUCACGGAAAAGGAAGGCAAGAGAUGUUACAGAGGAUGAAAAUCCAAGCUUGAAUUUGGAAACUGAAACACCAAGCUCCAGUAAGACAGAUGACUUGCCCCCAAGAGAGAAACACUCACCAUCUUCUAUAUCAACAUAUACUUCAUGUUCUGAACCUGGAGAUGAUACAGAAGUAGAUUCAAAUGUCUUAAAGAGUUCACCUUCAAGUGAAGAUAAAAGAAACUAUCCAGCAAGUCGUUGGGGUUAUAAAGAUCUGAUGUAUAUAAAUAUCUUUUAUGAAAAGAAACCACAUACAUUAGACAAAUUUGUCAAAGAAGUAAAAGAUGCUUUUAUGAAAGAGAAGGGUUUUUGUCCAGAUAUCAGCAAAGUAAGUGAUAUUUUGAAGAAAGAACUUGAAGAAAUGUUGACAUUUUCCUAUGACAUGACUGAAAUUAAAAAUAUUCGCAAACUGGAUCAUAAAGAAAAGACUGCCAAAAAAGUAAAGCAAGAAAUGAAAGAAAUAGCAGAAAGAGCAAACAUGAGGGAAAUGCCAAUACUCUCUGAUAAAAAAGCAUUUGGACCAGCUUUGGAGAAAUUUGUACAAAAGGCUGUCAUAAUGGUGAAUUCAGCUAUAAUUGAUUUUGUAAAGGAGACUAGUAGUUUGACCAAAAGGGUUUUAUUUGGAGGUGAAAUGGAAUAUUCUUCAGGUGAAAAGAAGCAAAACACUGAAAACAGUUUCAAAAACUAUUGUGAAUUAUUUGGAAGGAUAUUCUUUUUACUAAAAGGUCACAUCCCCAAGAGAAUUUUUCGUUUUCACUGUAAGAAAGUGAGGAACUCUCCUGAUCUGGUCUAUCAUUUUGAUUCUGGAAUGUCAUCUGAAGAACUUCUGUUUAUGGUAGAGGUAAAAAAAGCUCCAGUAACAGAGAAUGUGAUAGAUAUAAGAGAUCUAGUUGGAAAAAGCAUUUUAGGACAAUUUGGAGCAGAGCUUUUUGGACAGUCACUGAACUCUGUAUUUUUUCCCAAUUCUCUUGGAGUCCUCUGUAUGGAAACAAAAUUAAUUUUUGCUUUCCUGAAAAUAUCAAAGAAGCAUUCAGAUAGCAUAUAUAAUGGAGAAAGGAGAACAGAAGAGGAUCCAGGGAUAAUUAUGUACACGGAACCAUUUGACAUGUUGAAGGCAGAGGACAGAUUAAAACUGGCAGAGUUUCUCCUCUGGUUAGGAAUUGCUCAAGAUUCUGUCAAGUUUGAGCUUUUUUGAUGUAUACUUGAGAGAU